UGAGAUCGAGAUCCUUAAGACCAUCCGGCACCCACACAUCGUGGAGCUCAAGGACUUCCAGUGAGGCCAGCUGGGGUCGCCUUGCAGUGGGACAGUGACCACAUCUACCUGAUCAUGGAGUUCUGUGCCGGUGGGGACCUCUCCCGCUUCAUCCGUAUGCGGAGGAUCUUGCCUGAGAAGGUGGCACGUAUCUUCCUGCAGCAGCUCGCCUGCGCCCUGAAGUUCCUCCACGAUCACAAUAUCUCCCACCUGGACCUCAAGCCUCAGAACAUCCUGCUCAGCACCCCGGAGAACCCUCAGCUGAAGCUGGCAGAUUUCGGCUUCGCGCAGUACAUGUCACCAUGGGAUGAGAAGCACGUGCUGCGAGGCUCCCCGCUCUACAUGGCCCCCGAGAUGGUGUGCCGCCAGCAGUACGACGCCAGGGUGGACCUGUGGUCAGUGGGCGUCAUCCUUUACGAGGCACUUUUUGGGCGACCCCCCUUUGCCUCCCGCUCGUUUGCCGAGCUGGAGGAGAAGAUCCGCAGCGACCGAGCCAUCGAGCUGCCCAGCAGGCCUCUGCUGUCCCCGGAGUGCCGAGAUCUCCUGCAGCGCCUCUUGGAGAGGGACCCCUUGAAGCGCAUCUCCUUCGAGGAGUUCUUCGCCCAUCCCUUUGUGGACAUGGAGCACGUGCCUGGCCCCGAGAGCUUCUGCAAGGCGACCAACCUGGUGGUGGAGGCGGUGAAGAAGGAUCAGGAGGGGGACGCGUCUGCUGCGCUCAGUCUCUACUGCAAAGCUCUGGAGUACUUUGUGCCCGCUCUGCACUAUGAAAGCGACGCUCGUCGCAAAGAAGCCAUCCGGGCAAAGGUGGGGCAGUACAUCUCCAGAGCGGAGGAGCUGAAGGUGCUGGUUGCUUCCAAAAGCAAGAACCUCCUGCAGCAGGGAAACCCGGCCAGGGAGAUCCUCAAAGAGAUGGCCAAGGACAAGCCGCGGCUCUGUGCUGCACUGGAGAUGGCCUCGGUGGCCGUGGCGAGGGAGGAGGAAGGCAAGGAUGACGAUGAUACCCUGGAGCUGUACCAGCAGAGCCUGGGCGAGCUGCUGCUGCUCCUGGCUGCAGAGCCAGCGGGGAGGAGACGGGAGCUGCUGCAUGCGGAGAUCCAGACCCUGAUGUCGCGGGCAGAGUACCUGAAGGAUCAGAUCAAGAUGCGGGAGGCGCAGUCCAUGGGCAAAGAGGCUCUGGCAGACUCCGUCCGGAGCUCCUGCACCUUGCAGUGAUGCUCAACGGGAUGCUGCUGGCGCCGCGGCGCUGCAGAUGGCCGAGGAGACGGCUGGGCUGAGCGUGACUGCAAUUUUCCCGUCAGGAGGAGUCCCUGCCUGGAACGUCUGCUGCAGCAGCAGCCUGCGUGCCCGCGGCGGGCAGGUUAUUCCACUCCAAUUCCCUCCGCUGGCUGGGCAGCGCGGCGGCGGCGGCUGCUGCUGCUUCGUGCAGGCACGCGGCUCUUGCGUGCACAGCCUGCAGCUCACCCCGA